AAAUUUCACGGACCCCCCAAGUUCUCACAUUUGUAUUUUGAGGAAUUUUCACAAAACUCCACUUUCAUCUCUACAGUUAGAAGUGAUCCGCACAUCAUCUACAGUGGAGAAAAUAAAUAUUUGAACACUCUGCUAUAUUGCAAGUUCUCACACUUAGAAAUUAUGGAGUGGGCUGGAUCAGCUACAAUUCUGACCCUCAAAGACCUGUUACCAGUCAAAUCCAUCUCCACUCCAGAUAUAAUCCUGAAUCAAAUGCGCCUGUGUGAGGUCGUUAGCUACAUAAAGACACUUGUCCACCCCAUACAAUCAGUAAGAUUCAAACUUGUAAAUGUCCAAGACCAAAGAGCUGUUCAAAGACACCAGAAACAGAAUUGUACAACUCCACACCCCUGGAAAGGGCUACGGAGAAAUUGCCAAGCAGCUUGGUGAGAAAAGGUCCACUGUUGUUGCAAUCAUUAGAAAAUGGAAGAAGCUAAACUUCACGAUAUCACCUCAUGGGGUCUCAAUGAUACUUAGAAAAGUGGGGAAUCAGCUCAGGACUACACAACAGGACUUGGUCAAUGACCUGAAAAGAGCCGGGACCACCAUUUCAAAGGUGACUGUUGGUAAUACACUAAGACGUCAUGGUUUGAAAUCAUGUGUGGCACGGAAGGUUCCCCUGCUUAAACCAACACAUGUCAAGGCUCCUCUGAAGUUUGCCAACGACCAUUUGGAUGAUACAGAGUCAUGGGAUACUUUUGUAGUCAUAUGAGACCAAAAUGGAACUUUUUGGUCUUAAUUCCACUAACUGUGUUGGGGGGAAGACGAAUGAUGAGUUCCAUCCCAAGAACACCAUCCCCACUGUGAAGCAUGGGGCUGAUAAAAUCAUGCUUUGGGGGUGUUUUUCUGCACAUGGGACAGGACGACUGGACUGUAUUAAGGAGAGGAUGACCGAAGCCAUGUAUUGUGAGAUUUUGGGGAACAACCUCUUUCCUUCAGUCAGAACAUAGAAGAUGGGUCGUGGCUGGGUCUUUCAACAUGACAGUGACCCGAAGGUCUCAGCCAGGAGAAUCAAGGAGUGGCUCCGUAAGAAGUAUGUCAAGGUUCUGGCCAUGGCCUGGCCAGUCUCCAGACCUAAGCUAAAUAGAAAAUCUUUGGAGGGAGCUGAAACUACCGUGUUUGUCAGCGAAAGCCCAGAAACCUGCCUGAUCUAGAGAAAAUCUGUGUGUCAUAAUGGGCCAAAAUCCCUCCUGCAGUGUGUGCAAACCUGGUGAAUAACUACAGGAAACGUUUGACAUCUGUAAUUUCAAACAAAGGCUACUGGACCAAAUAUUAAAGUAAAGUAAGUUGAGUAAAUUCAAAGAUAAGUCCACAUUUCUUGAGUCUUGCAUUGGGUGUAUCAACUCACAAUUCUCAAUUCUGAUGUUAACAUUUCUUGGAGAAGCAUUCUGUUUACUACGGCAUAGAUACAAGUUAUUGACACACGUACGGAUAUGUUAUCGAGAGGUCUGCACGUUUUCCAGUAUGACGAAAGUCUUGGAGCGAAAAGAUGAAGAUUGUGCCAGUGAAAUAGAUAACAACCACAACGUAAAAAACCUUCACAUGGGCAUGGCUUGAAAAAAGUGUAACCGUGCAGAUAGGAAUGAAAAUGGUAUCAACAUGUCUACCCAAACACAUACAAAAAGUGUAUGUUCUGGCAAAGUGCUGUGCACUUAUUCAGGAGCACAUCCAAACCAGGAAACACACAGGUAAGUUGGACGUAAAUUUUACUGGGCACUGGCCUUGUAGAAUACACAUUUUAUCACUCACGUUUAUAUUUCAUGAUCUCUUUCUCUGUCUGUCUUUCUCUCUCUCUCUCUGUCUGUCUUUCUCUCUCUCUCUCUCUCUCCCUCACAUGAGCGUUCAUCUGAGAUGGCGACCCCUAAAGGGACAAUCCGAAAGAAACUUGUAUACUUAUUUCUGAAGUAUAACUUGAAAAAUGGGCGACCUGGAGACUCUCAGCUGUCAUAUUAAGGAGAAGAUUUCUUUUAUCGAGUGCUUAUUGGAUUUGUCAAUUGCAGAAGUGCCUCAAAAUAAAAUGAACAAACUUAAGCAAGAACUUGAUGCACUUGAGAGACUUCUAAUGGAGUUUGAAAAAAAUGUGGGUCAACAGAAAAAACAACUCCAGCACUUGAAGGCCCUUGAGGAGUUAUUCCAAAAUCUGAAAAGUCUUCAACACCUUAAAGACAAUGUACCUGGCCAUAUCCCCAACAUAUGUCCCAAUAAAGAAAAUGAACCAUUAACCAAUCAGAGCACGGUUACAGAUGUGGAGUCCACCCAGCACCACACAGUCAAAAUCAAAAGCUAUAUCAGAGAGAUGGAGUUUAUCACUCUGACAGAGUUUGAACGUAUCCCUCGGUAUAUGAAAGGACGCCUGUCAUAUGAUCAAAUCAACAAAGCAGUGGAAAAUAUUAACACAGCUGUUGUAGCCAAAUAUAACAUUUUCCAUCAGCCUUUGAAAACACUUAACAACCAUGCACGCAAGCUGUACCAGCGUUUCAAGGAUCAGGAGACUAAAGACACUAGAGGUCACUAUUUUGUGGUGGAAGAAGAUUUUCGCGAACUUGCUCAGAUGAAGGUGGACAAGCGAUUGCAGGUAAUUCUGAACAUGUUGCGGCACUGCCAACGCCUGCGAGAGUUGCGAGGAGGAGGCAUUACCCGUUAUAUCUUAUUAUGAAUAACCAACACUUAAUCGAGGCAUUACCCAUUACAUGUUAUUAAAUAUGCAACACCAAGUUUUCUUGAGAUGUUUUCAAGUUGAUGUUAUUAUAAAUAAACAAUAUUGUGUACCUGA